UAAGGCUUUCGGAUCUCUAGCUAUUUCUACAAGGUGUGCUUAACCUUGUAAAAAUCAAAAGUGAGUAAUAAAAGAACAUCUACACAACCUUAUCCUCAUAUUUCAUUGAGAUCAGGAAAUACAUGAAUUGAUAUCCACAUAACCAAUUCCAUUGUCUAAUGUUGAUCAAUAGCACAACCCAUUUAUGUUCUUCCCUUAAUUCAUCAAAUCUCAAAUCAGCCUAUAAUGUAUUUGGUCACAAUAAUACUUAUUUUUCUUGUCCAAACUUUACUGGCAAUUUUGGUUACAAUUCCAUCAGUAUUAUACAGAGGCCCAUUGCCAUUGACAUAAGAAUAUGUUGCAGGGCAAGAAGGAGAGUUCGAUACGAAGACAACGAUGAAGAUGAAGAUAGUUAUGGUUACAAUGAAGAAAUAGGCUUGCUGGAAAUGUACAGUCAGUCAUCGAGAGAUGAAGCUCUUCUUGUUACGGCUAUACUUGAUGAUCAACUAGUAGAAAUUGUUAUCUUUAAGGGUUUUUCGUCAUGCUUGAACUACCAAACUUCAUCAGAUCCGACAAAAAGCGUAGUUCCACAAAGAGCAAGAAUUAAGACGAUAGACAGGAUCAAAGGUCCCUUAAACCCAACCAACAUUGAGUAUAUUGAGAAAGGUUUGACGUGGGAGACAUUUUUAAGUCGAAUCCGCUCUAACUAAUCAUACUUCUUACUGCACUGUACAAGUUUUUGUUCAAAUAAAAAUAACUAUUCCUUCUUUCCUAACUCCUUGUAAUUGUGUAUUGAACCUGCUCAAUAGAAUUCAUAUAUGCAUUUACCGAUGUU